GUCUUGCACAGGUGUACCGGCUCCUCCCCUUCAGUCUUGCACAGGUGUACCUGCUCCUCCCCUUCAGUCUUGCACAGGUGUACCGGCUCCUCCCCUUCAGUCUUGCACAGGUGUACCGGCUCCUCCCCUUCAGUCUUGCACAGGUGUACCGGCUCCUCCCCUUCAGUCUUGCACAGGUGUACUGGCGCCUCCCCUUCAGUCUUGCACAGGUGUACCGGCUCCUCCCCUUCAGUCUUGCACAGGUGUACUGGCUCCUCCCCUUCAGUCUUGCACAGGUGUACCGGCUCCUCCCCUUCAGUCUUGCACAGGUGUACCGGCUCCUCCCCUUCAGUCUUGCACAGGUGUACCGGCUCCUCCCCUUCAGUCUUGCACAGGUGUAGUACCGGCUCCUCCCCUUCAGUCUUGCACAGGUGUACCGGCUCCUCCCCUUCAGUCUUGCACAGGUGUACCGGCGCCUCCCCUUCAGUCUUGCACAGGUGUACUGGCUCCUCCCCUUCAGUCUUGCACAGGUGUACAGGCUCCUCC